AUGCCAUCGGCCAAAACCUCAGCAGUCAGCGAACCACUUCCAGGAUCCGAGCCACUGCUCAGUCGACUGAUCGUGGCUCCGGUACUAUUCGUGUCGUUUCUAAUAUCCUUAUUUCUCAUCGACCGCCAACACUAUGGAAGCAUAUUUGCCAAUUCCAAAAGCGAAGGCGGCUAUUAUCACUCUCAUCAGCGCAAAUUAGCCAAGCGAGAAAUGAACGAUGCAUUUCAGAUGAGGCGGAAAGUGAUCGCCAUCAUGGCGGUUCUAAGUGCCGUGGCAGUCGCUGUUGUUGCCUGGGCUUUUGAGUCCUUGUGGCGUGGCUGGAGAGCCAGA